UUGCUGUGGAAGCUGAGGGAGGCUCAGAACCUUCUCCCCUGAAGCCAGGGGUUGCACAGUCGGAACUGGGCGCUGUCGCUCGGCCAGGGGACCCCAACCUGAUUCUCAUCUGAAGAGCCACCCGCAGUGAUGUUUGAAACCCAGCUUCCCAGGCCCCUCCCCUGGGGCCUGGGAGGAGUUGGUCUGGAGGGGAGCCUAGGAACCUGCCUUUUAACAAGAGUCAAGCAGGAGGAUGAUUAUGGAGAGGGAGAAGAUGAUGCCGAGGUCCAGCAAGAAUGCCUACACAAAUUUUCUACCCGGGAUUAUAUAAUGGAACCCUCCAUCUUUAACACUCUGAAGAGGUAUUUUCAGGCGGGAGGGUCUCCGGAGAACGUUAUCCAGCUCUUGUCAGAGAACUACACAGCUGUGGCCCAGACCGUCAACCUGCUGGCCGAGUGGCUCAUUCAGACAGGCGUUGAACCAGUGCAGGUUCAGGAAACUGUGGAAAAUCAUCUGAAGAGUUUACUGAUCAAACAUUUCGACCCCCGCAAAGCAGACUCUAUCUUUACUGAGGAGGGAGAGACCCCCGCUUGGCUUGAACAAAUGAUUGCACACACCACGUGGAGAGACCUUUUCUACAAGCUGGCCGAAGCCCACCCAGACUGUUUGAUGUUGAACUUCACUGUUAAGCUUAUUUCCGAUGCAGGAUACCAAGGGGAGAUCACCAGCGUGUCCACGGCCUGCCAGCAGUUGGAGGUGUUUUCUAGAGUGCUUCGCACCUCUCUAGCUGCGAUUUUGGACGGAGGCGAAGAAAACCUCGAAAAAAAUCUCCCUGAAUUUGCUAAGAUGGUGUGUCACGGGGAGCACACGUAUCUGUUCGCCCAGGCCCUGAUGUCCGUGCUGGCCCAGGAGGAGCAGGGCGGCUCGGCCGUGCGCAGGAUCGCCCAGGAGGUCCAGCGCUUUGCCCAGGAGAGAGGCCAUGACGCCAGUCAGAUCACGCUCGCGCUGGGCACAGCUGCCUCCUACCCCCGGGCGUGCCAGGCCCUCGGGGCGAUGUUGUCCAAGGGAGCCCUGAACCCGGCCGACAUCACAGUCCUGUUCAAGAUGUUUACAAGCAUGGACCCGCCUCCCGUUGAGCUCAUCCGGGUGCCAGCCUUCCUGGACCUGUUCAUGCAGUCACUCUUUAAACCAGGGGCCAGGAUCAACCAGGACCACAAGCACAAGUACAUCCACAUCUUAGCAUAUGCAGCGAGCGUGGUGGAGACCUGGAAGAAGAACAAGCGAGUCAGCAUCAAUAAAGACGAGCUGAAGUCAACAUCGAAAGCUGUCGAGACUGUUCACAACUUGUGUUGCAAUGAGAACAAAGGGGCGUCUGAGCUUGUGGCCGAGCUGAGCACCCUCUACCAGUGUAUCAGGUUUCCAGUGGUGGCCAUGGGUGUGCUGAAGUGGGUGGACUGGACUGUGUCAGAGCCGAGGUACUUCCAGCUGCAGACGGACCACACCCCGGUGCACCUGGCGCUGCUGGACGAGAUCAGCACCUGCCACCAGCUCCUCCACGCGCAGGUCCUGCAGCUGCUGGUGAAGCUCUUCGAGACGGAGCACUCCCAGCUGGACGUGAUGGAGCAGGUGAGCGGGCAGCCCUCGGGCUGGGCUGCACGGCGGGAAGGCGGCCCCGUCCUCAGCCUUGUCGCCCCGCCCGUGCAGCUCGAGUUGAAGAAGACGCUCCUGGACAGGAUGGUGCACCUGCUGAGCCGGGGCUACGUGCUCCCCGUGGUCAGUUACAUCCGCAAGUGUCUGGAGAAGCUGGACACCGACAUCUCCCUCAUUCGCCACUUUGUGACUGAGGUGCUCGACGUCAUCGCGCCCCCCUACACCUCUGACUUCGUGCAGCUUUUCCUUCCUAUCCUGGAGAACGACAGCAUCGCGGGCACCAUUAAAACGGAAGGGGAACACGACCCUGUGACUGAGUUCAUAGCCCACUGCAAGUCUAACUUCAUCUUGGUGAGCUGAUUCAGAGCACCCUCC